GAUAAGUAGGCCCUUUUGUAUCCCUCGUUUCCUUGUGGCAGUCUCUUUCAGCGCAUUUAAUUCAAGAUGGGUCGCGUCAGGACAAAGACCGUUAAGAAGGCAGCUCGUGUCAUAAUUGAAAAAUACUACCCAAGACUGACAUUGGAUUUUCACACAAACAAGCGAGUAUGUGAAGAAAUUGCAAUUAUUCCUAGCAAGAAGCUAAGGAAUAAGAUUGCUGGUUUCAUUACCCACUUGAUGAAGAGGAUUCAGGAAGGACCAGUUCGUGGUAUCUCAAUUAAACUUCAGGAAGAAGAAAGGGAAAGAAGGGAUAACUAUGUUCCUGAGGUUUCUGCCAUUGAACAAGACAUCAUUGAAGUUGAUAAAGACACCAAGGAGAUGUUGAAAGUUCUGGACUUUGGCAACAUUGCAGGUCUGCAGGUUACAGAACCAUUUCCUCAGACAACAAUUAGAACUGUUCCUGGGAUGCGAUCAUAAACUCCACAGAUGUAUGUGUAAAUUUGAAAUUUAAAAAAGUGCCCCAUGUCAAA